UUGGAAGAGUUUCUCACGUCCAACGGUGUUCAGUAUGAGCACCACGACAUCGCCAGCGAACCUGCUGCCCAGCAGUUUCUUGAAAGCAAGGGCGUUAAGUCCGCCCCGGUAACUGUGAUCGACGACGAAAUAAUCAUUGGUUAUUUCCCGAGAAAGCUCAUCGCCACCCUGAAGCUUGACACCCAGGUUGACCUGUCCGGCAGGACCGGAUGGCUGGCAGACAAAUACGACAAGAUUCUGCACGCCACAAUACGCGCCACCAUGCAACUCAGUCCAGAUCAGCUCGAGAGCGACGUUGCCUGGCGACCGGAAACCCUUCGGGACACCAUCGUCCACAUCAUGUCCUUCCCAGAGUUGGCCUAUUUGAGCCACAAGACUGGCAGCAUGACCACUGACGAUAUGCAGGCUUGCCGCCAGCGCCUGGCCAGCGUCAACUCUUCUGAGGAAAUCGCCGAGUAUGCCGAAGGAGUUAUUGCAAACAUCGUUGAGUUUCUGAACAGUGGUGACAACGAGUCUUUCGACCGUGUGGUUCCUGCUCACUAUGGCGGGGAAGUAUCCGUGGUUGAACUGCUGAACAUUAUCCUGAGCCACAGCACCCAUCACUUGAAGCAGGUUUAUUGGUUCAUGGAAACCUCACUCGGCAUUACACCCCAAGACCGUGCCACAGCGGAAGACAUGGAAGGAAUCUUCACGCCGGAAGCCUUGAUUUAG